AAGAUUAAAAGAGGAGCUUGCUAAAGCUCAGAGGGAGCUGAAACUGAAAGAUGAAGAAUGCAAGAGGCUUUCUAAAGUGUGCGACCAACUCGGGCAGUAAUUGGAAUAACUUACUGCCAGCCUCUUUGAGGAAGCACACAAAAUGGUGAGGGAAGCAAACAUAAAGCAGGCGACAGCUGAAAAACAACUGAAAGAAGCACAUGGAAAAAUUGAUGUACUUCAGGCCGAAGUAGCAGCCCUGAAAACGUUAGUGCUGUCCACUUCGCUGACGUCGCCCACAAAAGAGCUUCAAUCUAGCGGAAAGACACCCUUCAAAAAAGGCCAUGCAAGGAACAAGAGUAUGAGCAGUGCGAUGGGGGUCAGCAACCAGGAUGUCGCCAUGAUGCAGCCAAUUGUGAAAGACUGCAAAGAGGCUGACUUAGCUCUGUAUAACGAAUUCAGAUCCUGGAAGGAUGAUCCCCCUAUGGACAGGGCAUGCCCUUUCCUGGAUAAAAUCUAUAAGGAAGAUAUCUUUCCGUUUUUGACCUUCUCAAAAAGUGAGCUGGCAUCUGCCGUUUUGGAAGCUGUGGAAAACAAUACCUUAGGUAUUGAACCAGUUGGCUUGCAACCUGUUCGAUUUGUGAAAGCUUCUGCAGUUGAAUGUGGAGGACCAAAGAAAUGUGCUCUCAGUGGACAAAGUAAAAUAUGCAAGCAUAGAAUCAAGUUGGGGGACUCAAGCAACUAUUACUAUAUUUCUCCUUUCUGUAGAUAUAGGAUUACUUCUGUAUGUAACUUCUUCACGUACAUUUGAUAUAUACAGCAGGGGCUUGUGAAGCAGCAAGAUGUGAAUCAGA